GUCCGGACAGCCUCUGCUCCGCUGCUGUUAUACUUUCACUUUUGUUUCUUAGGAAAUGAAACGCUGAGUCUGUUUUCGACGUCGUUGUUUGGUGUAUCCGCGGAGCGCUGAUCCAGCUGGGUUCCAGGUAAAGCCAGGAAAUACAUCUUAUCAAAGAAACGUCAACUUUAACUUGUGCAAAACUUAGCUAACAUCCCGAGGGGCAGUUUGGAGAGGUCCGCACCCCAUCUCGCUCUUUCACUUUCGGCUUUUUCCUCGGUACUUUCCAGUUGAAAGCGGGAACCAUGGCCAGCAAGUUAGAUUUCCCUCUUCAUGGGUCUUCACUUAACAUUGUGAAACAAUUUGGACCCGGUCUGAGUGAUAUCAUUCAAAGCAAAUUUGGAUGUAUGGCCACCUUUGAUGGCGUGAAUUUUGAAAGGGAUCAGAGCAUCUCACAGCAGAAAAGGCCAACUGUUGCCCCAGAGAAGAGGUUAGAAGUAAAACUUCAUCGAGGUGUUCGGUUGUCUGUGUGGAAGGCUGAUCUCACCGACUUCCAGGCGGAUGCUGUUGUGAAUGCUGCUAAUAGCUUUCUUCAGCAUUGUGGUGGCCUUGCUCUAGCUCUGUCCACGGCUGGUGGUCCACAAAUCCAAAAAGACAGCAAUGACUACAUCAAGAGGAACAUUGAAUUGAAAACAGGACAUGCAACUGUCACUGCUGCUGGGAAUCUACCAUACCAGAAGAUAAUUCAUGCUGUGGGCCCACAACUAUCACCCUCCCCCUCCACGUAUGAUGUUCAUCGUGCAGAACCGCUGUUGGAGAAGACCAUCAGGAGCAUUCUUGACAAAGUUAGGGAACACCGCCUGAGCUCUGUUGCCAUUCCUGCUAUAAGCUCUGGACUGUUCUACUUCCCCCUGCCACUAUGUGCAGACGUCAUAGUGAAAACUGUGAAAGGCUAUUAUGAAAACUCUCCCCGUCAAGGACAUUUUCCACAAGAGAUCUUCCUAGUGAACCACGAUGAGCCUUCGGUCAAAGAAAUGGAGAGAGCCUGCAAUCACACGUUGAUGUCAUACAGCCAGGCAGCUGCAAGCAAGAGCAAAGGUGCUGCCGAAACCUCAACACCGACUGUCAAGAUUGGGAAUGUCCAUCUGAUACUGAAGAAGGGUAAAAUUGAGCAACAGCAGACAGAUGUCAUCGUCAACACAGUAUCAUCAGACCGAAACUUGAGAGGUGGUCAAAUCUCGACAGCUUUAUUGGAGAAAGCUGGUUAUGGAAUGCAAAAGGAGAUUAACAAUACUCAUCAGAGUGGAAAUAUCAUCAUCACAUCACCCCACAAUCUGGAGUGUAAAGAGGUGUAUCACACUUUUUGCCCUGAUAAGGACGCACAUGGUGCUCAGCAGAUUCUUUCUGAUUCAGUAUACCAGUGCUUACGGAUGGCAGCUGCACAUCCACACAAGUCAAUCGCCUUCCCUGCGAUCGGGACUGGAGGCCUCAGGUUCAAUAAAAGAGAAGUUGCCUGGAUCAUGUCAAGUGCAGUGACUGCCUUUGCCCAGCAGUCCACACACAGGAUGGAAGUUCAAUUCGUCAUAUAUCCUUCUGACAAAGACACAUUUCAGGCGUUUGAGGAACAAAUGAGAUCUCUCCAACACCAAUUCAAAGCGUCUGAUCCCAGCCUUUCAUAUGCAUCUGGACACGAAGGUGACGUCCGUGAAAAAAGACCUCCCACUCCAAAGAUCAGCCUGACUGGCCCCUCUGAUGUGGCCAUACGAGAGGCUGAACGAUGGCUCAGUAGCUUUCUCUCCAAGCCCUCUGACACCGUCAUUAUCUCCAACAACUUCAUCCAGUACUUUGGCGAGGCAGAGUAUCAGCAGCUGUCCCGUCUAAACAAAAGGGGCGUCUCCAUUAAGGAGUGUUUUGAGAAUAGUCGUGCCACCAUAAUUGUACACGGGGAUUCAGCUGAAGAUGUUGUAGUUGCUGGGUUAAAGGUGGAGGCCAUGCUCUGCAAGGUCCAGAGGGAGUUUGUCGCAGAGGAAGAGGGCACCCUGCGCCUAAUGUCAACUGAGAAUGUGUCCUUUGAGAGAAAGACAGUUGACUCCAAAAGCCUUGAGUUCUCAGACAGAUCAUCUGCCUUCAGAAAUCUGGGGCUGCAGAUUGUGAAGAUGGAGAAAGUGGAGAACCUCGCACUGAGGAUGGUCUUUGACCUCAAGAAAAAACAGCUCGGCUGCUCCACUACUCGAAAAAUGUUUCAACGCAUACCUCCCCACUUCUGUGAGAUGGUCAGCCAUAUUGGAUUCCACGCAGAGUACGCACCACCUCAUGACCCAGCAUAUGGGGAGGGCAUCUACUUUGCUGGCACAGCGAAGAAGGCCAUGGAAGUGUGGAAGGAAGGAGGAGAAAAAGAAGAGUAUCUGUACUUUGUUGAGGCUGAGGUGCUGACCGGAAACUCCACCCGUGGUAAACCAGGUCUUAUUCUGCCCCCUCCUAAGACAGGGACAGAUCCACAAAUACUGUAUGACAGUGUGGACGGAGGAGCUGAUAUCUCUGUCAUAUUUAGUGGUUAUCAAGCGCUGCCCAGCUAUAUCAUCACCUGUAAGAAAAUCUAAACAGUGAUUUAUCCACUGUUUCCUCUGGGUUUAUUGUCCUCUGUGUGACAAAAACUAGACAAUAGUAAGUUAGACGCUUCUCUUACUUCUCUACUAUUAAAAAGAAAUGGCUGUUUGCAUUACUCAUUGGAACCAUAUAAUGGAGUCCAGUGCUACAAUAUUACAGAGGUACCAGGUGCCAGGUUUUGUUUUUCUUGAUGCAACUUUGAAAAGACAUCAUUACUUUUAAAUUGAUUAAUUUUUCAUGAUAAGUUUGUUUCUUUUUGAGUGAUCAUCAUAUAUUUGACACAACAGCACAAGUAUUGCUGAGGAUGGCAAAAUAAUUUCUAUAUUAAUCAAAGAUACAUUGUUUUAGCAACUGUCAUACUAUUUACAAUGGUAAAAGUGAUUUGUUUUAGUGGCACUACAUUAUACUUAAUAUUCACGUAUGCUUAUUAGAGCAAGGGAUUCUACAAAUGUUUAUAUACUGAAAUAAAAUUGAUUUCAUUAUGGUUAGAGGAUGAGUAAAAUAUAAUCCUUCAUGUAACUGGUAAAAAGCUUUGUUAGACAGGUAGGGGAUGUGCAUGACAGCACAACUGAUACAUGAUUGUAACUGAUUUUAUAACUAAAUGAAACAAUAACUGUCAAAUUACAGAGAAAAUGGUAACAGUGGGAUGGAGCACAUGAGGGCAGAUUGUGAAAAUAUGCCUGAUGUUGAUAUAAAAAUAAAAAAAUUAAGUUUGA